AUAAAACGAAGGAAAGGGCCGUCGGUUAAAUAGCCAUUUCUCUCUCUCUCUCUCUCUGAACUCAAUUCACAUUCGGAAAAGUUAGGGUUUUCAAAUUUCAAGUUUGAAAAUGCCGCGAUAUGAUGAUCGAUAUGCCAGUACACGUCUCUAUGUUGGACACCUGGCUGCUAGGACACGAUCACGGGAUCUGGAACAUCUUUUCAGCAAAUACGGGCGAGUACGAGAUGUGGAUAUGAAGCGUGACUAUGCAUUUGUCGAAUUUAGUGAUCCCAGAGAUGCUGAUGAUGCAAGGCAUUACUUAGAUGGCAAGGAGUUUGAUGGAAGUCGUAUCAUUGUGGAAUUUGCAAAGGGGGUACCUCGUGGUUCCCGAGAAUAUUUGGGCAGAGGUCCUCCUCCAGGAUCUGGACGCUGCUUUAAUUGUGGCAUUGAUGGCCACUGGGCUCGAGAUUGCAAAGCUGGAGACUGGAAGAACAAGUGUUAUCGUUGUGGGGAAAGAGGUCAUAUAGAGAGAAACUGCAAGAACAGUCCCAAGAAACUCACGCGGGGGAGGAGUUACUCUCGAUCACCAGGUAGAUCACGCUCUCCUCACCGUGGCAGAAGCCGCAGUCCAAGUUAUAGCCGAGGUCGAAGCUACAGCCGAUCAAGAUCCCCACCACCAAAGAGAGAGCGAAGUGUUGAGAAUGAGAACAGGUCAUUGAGCCCUGAACCAAGGAGUACAAAGGCCAGGAAGCGCAGCCCAACACCUGAUGAAGGCAGCCCACGCCCUUCUCCCAAAUCUCGAAAACUGGAUGAUGAGCAAGAUAGAGAGUACAGUGGCAGCCCCAGUUGAAGAAGCAGAAGCAGAAGCAGAAGCAGAAGCCCUCGAGAUGAGAGGUACAGAAGUCCUCAGACUAAUGGUCGCAGCCGCAGUCCUAGUCCCAGGGAUGAUAGAAGCCCCGUUGAUGAUGAUUAUGAGGACAACAACCGCUCCCCGAGAGAUAGUGACGUGUCACGUUGAAAUGCACCAUCCCAAUGGAAUUGGUGUAUGUUUGCACUUUCCAAUCUUCACCAAGACCUUAAGUUUGUUCUGUUUAGAUGGUCAAACAUUUAUAUGCUAAGUAGAGAUGUAAUUUGAAACUUUUUAUUUGGAUUAGGGAGCCUAUUUUAAUAAUUUGGUAUGGAGAGCUAUGCAUUCAAUUCGUUUUGUUUUA